AUGGACCUGCGCCUGAUCGUUCCUGUUACAUUUGCCAUUUGUUCUGCAGGCCAACUCUUGGGUUGCCCUGAAGGCCAGUGGCAGUGCGAUGAUGGACAGUGCAUCACCGCUGUGUGGCGAUGUGAUGGAGAGGGAGACUGUCUGGAUGGAUCGGAUGAAAUGGGCUGUGCCGCCUCCACAGACUCAGAUUGUCCACCCGGCCAGUUUCCGUGCUUGGACUCUGUUGGCUGUGUGGACGCGUCAGCCCGCUGUGAUGGACAGAAUCAGUGUCCCACCGGUUCUGACGAGGAGAACUGUCCAGCCACGGAGGGCUGCCUGGAUUCUGAGUGGAUGUGUGGAAACGGCAUCUGUAUCCCCACUGAGCUGCGCUGCAAUGGACGGAAUGACUGCCUGGAUAGCUCUGAUGAAAAAGAGUGUGGUAAAUGCAGUGAGGAUGGCCUGAGGUGUCCUGAGGGAAAGUGUCUGUCUGCUGAGGAGAGGUGUGACGGACAGGUUCACUGUUCUGAUGGCAGCGACGAGCCUGAAACCUGCGGUCGUAUCUGCUCCGUGCACAACGGUGGCUGCAGCCAUGAG